CACAGCUAGAUGAGCCGCGGUAAAGAAGACUGAGCAACACCUGCGCAAGAAACGAGACCACAGCACUAAGACUAGCGCCAAAAACCUGUAUAAACCCGGCUCUACUUCAAUAAAUCAUUCCAGUGCGCGCAUGAUACAGAAAACACGCAAAUGAUGAGCGCGUUUCGGCUCCGCGGCUGGUUGUUAAGCGUCUGCGGAAGAAAAUAAAUUCUGAACCGGUUUGUUUUUAAUCCGAACAGAAAGAUCGCGGGACAGUCAUGGAUCAGAGAGCAGAUAGAAAGAUCAGCUAGCGUUUUCACAUCCCCGAUCCUAAAUCAGAAGAAAAAACAAGAUCGAGAUUAGCCGGUGCCAGGCGGAGAAGAGCUAUGGAUUUCAGUACCAUCCGGAACCUCAUCAGCCGAUAUUGUGUAGGGGAGGAGAACUGGGUGGACAACAGGACAGUGUAUAUUGGAAACAAACAGCCACCCCCUGGCACUGAGGCCUACAUCCCUCAGAGGUUCCCUGACAACAGAAUCGUCUCCUCCAAGUACACUUUUUGGAACUUUGUUCCGAAAAAUUUGUUUGAACAGUUUAGAAGAAUUGCAAAUUUCUACUUCCUCAUCAUCUUUCUUGUGCAGUUAAUCAUUGACACUCCCACCAGUCCCAUCACCAGUGGUUUGCCCCUCUUUUUUGUAAUCACUGUCACCGCCAUUAAACAGGGCUAUGAGGACUGGCUCAGGCACAAAGCGGACAAUGGCAUCAACCAGUGUCCUGUUAACGUUGUCCAGCAGGGCAAAAUUAUCCGCAAGCAGAGUCGCAAACUGCAGGUGGGUGAUGUGGUGUUGGUUAAGGAGGAUGAGACGUUCCCCUGUGACCUUAUCCUGCUGUCGACCAGCCGAGACGACGGCACGUGUUUUGUCACCACAGCCAGCUUGGAUGGCGAGUCGAGUCAUAAGACCUAUUAUGCAGUUCAGGACACAAAGGCCUUUAACACAGAGAGGGAGGUGGACACACUACAAGCCACUAUAGAAUGUGAACAACCCCAGCCAGACCUCUACAAAUUUGUGGGGCGCAUCAAUAUUUAUUUGGAUCGAGAUGAGCCCAUUGCAAGACCUCUGGGCUCAGAAAACCUGCUGCUGCGAGGGGCCACGCUGAAAAACACGGAUUUCAUAUACGCUGUGGCUAUUUAUACGGGCAUGGAGACGAAAAUGGCCCUGAACUACCAGUCCAAAUCCCAGAAACGCUCUGCUGUUGAAAAAUCUAUGAAUGCGUACUUGGUUGUUUAUCUUUGCAUCCUGAUCAGUAAAGCGCUGAUCAAUACCACCCUCAAGUACAUCUGGCAGGCUGAUCCCAACAGAGACGAGCCUUGGUACAACCAAAAAACGGAGACCGAGCGACAGCGGCACAUACUGAUUCGAGCAUUCACAGACUUCCUCGCCUUCAUGGUCCUCUUCAACUAUAUCAUUCCUGUGUCCAUGUACGUGACGGUGGAGAUGCAGAAGUUUCUUGGCUCUUACUUUAUUACAUGGGAUGACGAGAUGUUUGAUGAGGAGCUGGGAGAGGGCGCUCUCGUUAACACGUCUGAUCUUAAUGAGGAACUUGGCCAGGUGGAGUAUGUCUUCACAGAUAAAACCGGAACGCUGACAGAAAACAACAUGGAGUUCAUCGAAUGCUGUGUGGACGGCCAUGUGUAUGUGCCACAUGCCAUCACGUGCAACGGGCAGGUUAUGUCCGGAGCCUCCAGCAUUGACAUGAUCGACUCUUCACCCAACGUUGAGAGAAAGGACCAUGAGGAGCUGUUUUUCCGGGCACUGUGUUUAUGCCACACGGUGCAGGUAAAAGAGGAAGAAACAGUGGACAGCAUUAAGAGAGGCAUUCACCAGGGCAAAUCCACGUCCUUUUACAUUUCCUCCUCUCCUGAUGAGGUUGCACUGGUGGAGGGUAUGAAGAGGCUGGGCUUUACCUACCUGCGUUUGAAGGACAACCACAUGGAGAUCCUCAACAGGGAAGAUGAGAUUGAGAGAUUUGAAUUGAUGGAGGUGUUGACUUUCGACUCAGUGAGAAGGAGAAUGAGUGUAAUCGUCAGGUCUACCUCAGGGGAGUUCUACCUGUUCUGCAAAGGUGCCGACUCGUCAAUUUUUCCCCGGGUCGUCUCGGGGAAAGUCGACCAGGUCCGGGCUCGUGUAGAGAGGAAUGCAGUGGAGGGUUUACGGACCCUUUGUGUAGCCUAUAAAAAGCUGAGUCGAGAAGAGUAUGAUGAUGUGUGCCAUCUCAUCAGAAAUGCUAAGCUAGCUCUGCAGGAUCGUGACAGAAAACUGGCUGAGGCUUAUGAUGUCAUCGAGAGGGAUUUUAUCCUGCUAGGUGCAACAGCCGUCGAGGACCAGUUACAAGACAAAGCUGCAGACACUAUUGAAUCUCUUCACAAAGCUGGCAUGAAGGUGUGGGUUCUCACUGGGGAUAAGAUGGAGACGGCGGCAGCCACGUGUUACGCGAGUAAACUGUUCCGGCGGAACACACAGAUCCUCGAGCUUACCACCAAAAGGACGGAGGAGCAAAGUCUGCACGAUGUGCUGUUUGACCUAAGCAGAACUGUACUGAGGCAGCAUGGUACCAUGAGCAGAGAUAACUUCUCUGGCCUCUCUAAUGAGUUCCAGGACUACGGGCUGAUCAUCGACGGAGCCACUCUUUCUGCCGUGUUAAAGCCACAGCAGGACGGCAGCGGCAACAUGGGGAACUAUAAGGAACUCUUUCUGGAGAUCUGCAGGAACUGUAGCGCUGUACUCUGCUGCCGCAUGGCACCUCUCCAGAAGGCACAGAUUGUUAAGAUGAUCAAAACAUCAAAAGAGCAUCCCAUCACUCUGGCCAUUGGAGACGGAGCCAAUGACGUCAGCAUGAUCCUAGAAGCUCAUGUGGGCAUCGGCAUCAUGGGAAAGGAGGGCAGACAAGCUGCACGCAACAGUGACUAUGCAAUUCCAAAGUUUAAACACCUAAAGAAGAUGCUGCUGGUGCACGGACACUAUUACUAUAUCAGAAUAUCUGAGCUGGUGCAGUACUUCUUCUACAAGAAUGUAUGCUUCAUCUUCCCUCAGUUCCUGUACCAGUUCUUCUGUGGCUUCUCCCAGCAGCCUCUGUAUGACACUGCAUAUCUUACCCUGUACAAUAUCAGCUUCACCUCGCUGCCCAUCCUGCUGUACAGCCUGAUGGAACAGCACAUCAACAUGGACAUCCUAAAACGGGACCCCUCUCUUUACAGGGACAUUGCGAAGAAUUCUUUGCUGCAGUGGCCCAUAUUCAUCUACUGGACAUUUCUGGGGGUAUUUGAUGCCAUGGUUUUCUUUUUCGGUGCUUUCUUCCUGUUUGACAACACCACCUUCACCAGCAACGGCCAGCUAAUGGCCACAAACACGCAGAUGAUGUUUGGAAACUGGACGUUUGGCACGCUGGUGUUCACAGUGCUGGUAUUUACAGUCACGUUAAAGCUGGCUCUUGACACGCACUACUGGACCUGGAUAAACCACUUUGUGAUAUGGGGGUCACUGCUCUUCUACGUGAUCUUCUCACUCCUCUGGGGCGGCAUCAUUUGGCCGUUCCUGAACUACCAGAGGAUGUACUAUGUUUUCAUGCAAAUGUUGGCGAGUGGCCCGGCGUGGCUCAGCAUCAUUCUGCUCAUUGUGGUCAGUCUGCUGCCUGACGUGAUAAAGAAAGUGCUGUGCAGGGCACUGUGGCCCACCACCACCGAAAAAAUACAGAAUGCAGAUAAGCUUUACAAUGGUCAGCUGUCAGAGUUCACCCCUCUGCCCUCCCUCCACGCUACACCUGUCCGCAGACGAGGCGGCCAGGGUGACGAGGGCAGGAGCCACGCUCAGCGCAGGUCUGACUCUUCUCCUCGCAAGAAAUUGAUGUACACCCGUUGGGGAGGUAGCCCUGACUACUGCACUUUCCGUCCUUUCUUCCACUUUGGGAAUAACCCCGGGCUGCCCGGGAAGGCGUACCCCUACAGCGCACCCGGGCCUGGAACUUCUAUCUAAAUUAAAGUCCAAGCUGACUUAGUGUUAGGUUUCGGUCUAGUUUGGAUUGCCGGUGUUGAAGCUGGCAUACGUUUAUGACACUGAUCUUGAAUUGAAACCGAUGUUGUCGGAUUGUAAAGUACACUUGAAUCGCACACUGUUCACCAUGGCAACACACAGCAACAAGCUGGGUGUUUAUUGGUGCUUGGAGUGAGGCUGGAUUGGCCUGGUGGCUCUGUAGGAGUGUUUAGCUCUGUGUUAAGAUACCUUGUGACCCUUAUUCAUGUGUGUUUGUAUGUGUUAC